GCCGGUGGUGCGACCAAGAAAACACUUGGAGAGCGUGGGAUCACCGUGGGACAGCGCUGGCGUUAAAAGCCAAAUUACGUAGAAAACUACGUGUAGCCGAUGUUUAUGAGUUCACGAAAAAUACGGCACACUAUACAACGAACGUCUUCUCUUACACUAUUGUAAACUGAUGGUCCUGGCUGUGCAGCAGGAGGAGAGAGGGUCGCUUGAGAGCAGAGGAAUUCAGGACCACCAUGCCCACUGAAGGAACUCUGAGACGAGACUGAGACUUUAGAACACACAGAUCGUAAUGGGAAACUCUGACAGCCAGUACAGCAUUCAGGGGUCAAAGGGCACCAGCUUAAUCUUCCCAGGGAAACAAAAGCCCUACUCACUAAAGUUCCGCUCAAACAAAGAAGAGGUUCUAUCCCCCCAUACAUGGUGGAAAGGUGGGCCGGGGGGCUCAGGGUACAAGGCCAGGGCUGUUGGUCGAGGCUGCCUCUCCCCCCUGCAGAGGAGAGGAGAACCGUACAUCUCCAGACACUAUGAUUACGUCACCAAGGGGGUGAAGGGCAGUCCAAACUGCCAUCUCUGGCAUGGCUCCCCACCAAGAGGCCGCUCACACCUCCCAGCUGAGAAUAGAUGCUGCCCAUAUAAGGGCAGGGGAAGCCUGUACAGUAGAGCAUCAGGGGAUCUGAACGACUAUGCUCUGAACGAACACAGGACCCCAGAGAGGAUGCGAGGAGAGGGAGAUGAGGGGCUUGAGGAGCAGAGCAGUCCCAGGGUGGUCAUCAAGAAGGAUGGUAGUCUGAGGGUGGAGUUCACCAACACUAACAGUGGUCUGCUGCUAGAUGAGGCAUCUGGGCCAGUGCAGCUGCUCAAGUUCUCCCCCACCCUGGAGUCCACCUCUAGUCUGCCUGGCAGCAGCAGGCCUGAGGCCCACCAUGGUGCUCCGCAGCCAGCCUCAACCUCCACCACCAGGACUAGCAAGGGCAGCUCGCUGAGCUCAGAGGGCUCUUGGUACGACUCGCCCUGGGGGCCCAGCGUGGAGCUCUGCGACCAGGACCAGUCCUGUUCCUCCAAUAGGUCUAUGGGAAACCGUAGGUCUGACCAGUUGGAUUCCUUUGGCCAGCAGUCUCCUCCUGUGUCCAUCUCAGAUCUCUACAGGGACCCCAGUAAGGACCUGGCGGCCCAGAACAGGGAAUCCCCUCUUCACUCCCAUCACAUCCAGCACCAGGCCUCCUUUGUUUCGGCCCUGGACAUGCCUGCUGAGGAGCAGUGUCCAGAGGCCCUGCAGUACUCAUCCUACACCCUGCCCUGCCGUAAGGCCCAGCCUAAUGGAGAGGUCUCCACCCUGAAGAAGGGCACUGGCUCCGUCAGGAGCCGCAUGAGACGCCUCAGCGACUGGACUGGAAGUCUCAGCAGGAAGAAGAGGAAGACACAGGAGCCUAGGUAUAAGGACAGCAGUGAGGCCUUUGACAGUGGAGUGGACGGCCUGACAGCUGCCACCAGCUCUCCCUCCCAGGUAUCCAGCCUGUGGUACCCUGGCGGACCUGGCAAUGUUGGGGCCUCCCGGGCCCAGUCUGCAGGGGCCCUCCACCACAGCAGCGACGCCCUCCACCAGAACAUCUAUGAGAACUUCAUGCAGGAGCUGGAGACGGGGAUGGAGCAGGGCAGUAGUGGAGGAGCAGGGGGAGGAGGUGAGAGGAGAGACCCGUCUACGGGGACAGAAGGGGGGGAGAGCAGCAGUGAGUCUGCAGGCGGCUCUCUGGAGCAGCUGGACAUGCUCUUUGAAAAGGAGCAGGGGGUGGUACGCAGGGCUGGCUGGCUCUCCUUCAAACCCCUCCUCACCCUGCACAAGGACAGGAAGCUGGAGCUGGUCACACGCAGGAAGUGGAAACAGUAUUGGGUCACCCUGAAAGGUUGUACCUUGUUGUUCUAUGAGACCUAUGGUAAGGGUUCUCCAGAGCAGGAUCUGUCUCCACGCUACGCCCUGUUUGCAGAGGACUGUAUCAUCCAGGCCAUUCCUGAGCACCCCAAGAAGGAGAACGUCUUCUGUCUCAGCAACACCUACGGAGAUGUCUACCUCUUCCAGGCUAGCAACCAGACAGACCUGGAGAACUGGGUGACAGCCAUCCACUCUGCCAGUGCCUCUCUGUUCGCUAAGCGCCAUGGGAAGGAGGACACGGUGCGUCUACUUAGGAGCCAGAUCAGAGGCCUGCUGCAGAAGGUAGACAUGGACGGUAAGAUGAAGAAGAUGGCUGAGCUGCAGCUGUCCAUCGUCAGUGAUCCCAAGAACAGGAAGGCCAUCGAGAACCAGAUCCAGCAGUGGGAGCAGAACCUGGAGAAGUUUAACAUGGACCUGUUCAGGAUGCGCUGUUACCUGGCCAGCCUGCAGGGCGGCGAGCUGCCUAACCCCAAGAGCCUGUUGGCUGCAGCCAGCCGGCCCUCCAAGGCUGCCCUGGGACGCCUGAGCAUCUUCUCAGUGUCCUCCUUCCAUGCACUGGUCUGUUCCAGGGAUGAGGCCACACUGAGGAGGCGCUCUGUGUCCCUGAGCCAGAGAUCACGCAACAAGAAAGGCCUCUUCUCCUCCCUCAAAGGCCUGGACAAUCUCACUAAGAGGGACCGCGACAAGAGACCGUCCGCAGGACAGAUCUUUGAAAGUGAUGGAGGACAACCCUACUGUCUCCCACCCACUAGUUCUGAGAGACUGGAUAGCCUGGCCAACCACUACUCUCUGGCUCCCCCUGAGGGCGGUCAAUGGGAGAGCAGAGGUGAAACACUGGGCUGUGUUUACAUGCCUGACAGCCACGCCGUCCAAGUGCCUAUGAGACGGGACCAUACAGUGGCUGAUGUCGUCUCCCUAGCCUGCAAGUUGACGCAGCUGGACCCUAACCUGCACUGUCUCAGACUGCACAGAUGUGUGGCCCAGAACGUAGAGGUCCGCACCCCAGCACCCAGCGAACUCCUACAUGACCUGUUGUAUGACGAGCUAGAGGUGUUUCCAAUGAAUGUAUUCACCCUGCACAUGACGAGACCUGCCUGCACUGGAGACUUUGGCUUUGCAGUCACAGGGCACAUAGAUGGACAGAGGAACAGCCGCAUCUUUGUCAGUGAGGUUUUGCCUGAUGGACUGGCCUUCAGUGAAGGUCUGAGACCAGGUAAUGAGAUUGUGGUUCUGAACGGUCGAGGCGUGUCCACUUUGGACCUGGGUCUGAUCCAGAAGCUGUUUGCUGAGCAGACCCUCCAGCUGACCCUCAGACGGGACGCACCGCCCACCUCACCCCUAACCUCUGACCCCUCGACUCCGACCCCACUGUCCAACCAAUCACAGCUGCUGCAGGACUUCCUGGACACACACCACCAUGCCAAGUCCACUACAGAUGUGUCCUUGGUGCCAGAGGUCUUUGCUGAGUCCUUAAGCUCUGGGCUGGAGAAUGAUCUACAGCACUCCCACAGCAGCCACAGGGCCGUACAACACAGCAAGAGCGUGGAGACGGUGUGCAUGCUGUACCACACCUUCCAAGAGGGCUCCGGGGGCUUGGAGGGCCACAAAGACCCAGGGGCCGAGCCCACACUGCUCAGACCCUGUCCCCGACACAUGAGUGCCACCGAGAGGCUCCGCAAGGUCAUCCAGGAGCUGGUGGACACAGAGAAGUCCUAUGUCAAGGACCUGAGUUGCCUGUUUGAGAUCUACCUGAAGCCACUGCAGAACGAGACCUUCCUUACGCUGGACGAGAUGGAUAGUCUGUUUGGCAGCUUGCCAGAAAUGCUGGACUUCCAGAGGGUGUUCCUGCAGACGCUGGAGGAGAGGAUUGCCUCUUCACCUGACUUCAGCACACUGGAAACCCCUGUGCAGUUUAAGAAGCUUCUCUUCUCUCUGGGUGGAUCCUUCCUGUACUACGCUGAUCACUUCAAGCUCUACAGUGGCUUCUGUGCCAACCACAUCAAGGUCCAGAAAGUCCUGGAGAGAGCUAAGACUGAUUGGUCCUUUAAGGAGUUCUUGGCUGCGAGGAACCCUACGAAGCAGCACUCCUCAACCCUGGAGUCCUACCUGAUCAAGCCAGUCCAGAGAGUGUUGAAAUACCCUCUACUGCUUCGAGAGCUGGUUUCUCUCACUGACACAGACAGCGAGGAGCACUACCACCUCACAGAGGCCCUGAAGGCCAUGGAGAAGGUGGCCAGCCACAUCAAUGAGAUGCAGAAGAUCUAUGAGGACUAUGGUUCUGUGUUUGACCAGCUGGUGGCAGAGCAGAGUGGCCAUGAGGAGGUCACAGAGCUUACCAUGGGAGAAUUCCUCAUGCAUUCCUCUGUCGUCUGGCUCAACCCCCAUCCCUCUCUGGGCCGCAUGAGAAAGGACCCCGAGAUGACCGUGUUUGUGUUCAAGAAGGCAGUGAUACUUGUCUACAGGGAGAGCAACAAGCUCAAGAAGAAGAUGACCACCCCUCGCUUGGCGCACUCCCAUGGAGACCUAGACCCCUUCAAGUUCCGCUGGCUCAUCCCGCUUUCUGCACUGCAGGUCCGACUAGGCAGCACUGCAGGUACUGAGACGACCUGCAUCUGGGAGCUGAUACAUACCAAGUCUGAACUGGAGGGAAGGCCAGAGACGGUCUUCCAGCUGUGUAGCAGUGUCCCAGAAUGCAAAGUGAACAUCAUCAAGGUAAUCCGCUCCAUCCUCCGGGAGAACGUCAGACAGAACAUGCUCCCGGCCGAGAUGGGGUGUAAGGAGCACCUCACGCCUUUACGCAGCACCCUGCCCUCCUCUGCCAGGAUAGGUCCAUCCAGAGUCUCCUGGCUGUGUAAGCAGCCCCUGCUGGAUCUCCCCACCCCAGCCAGCACACUCAAACCUGGCCAGCCUGACUCAGACGAGGGCAGUCUGAGCAGCGGCACCCACAGCUCCUCUGAUGCUCCCCCAGCUGACGGUCCCACACAGCACAAGACGCUGUCUACCCAAAAGGCCUGGUCUCGGGGCGGCCAGCGGCCCUCUAGCUUCAGCUAUGUGAAGGAGUCAUACAUCCUGAGUGAUGAGGACGAUGAGUUCAGUGAGGCUAGAGAGAGUUUCCCCUCCUGUGCCAUUGAGGCCCAGUUUCUCAGUUUGAGGCUGUCGGAGGAGGCAGCUUCCUCCCGGGUGCCGGCCCCCCGCGUGCAGCCAGAGGGAGCAGAGGUGAACACCCCAGAGAGCCAGCCCAAGCUUGUUCGGGGCCACUUCUGCCCAGUGAAGAGGAAAGGUAGUAGCCAGCGGGCGCUACUGAGCCUACACAGCCGUUCCCUGGACAGCCAGACAGACCUGGCAGCCAUAGACCUCAGCACUCUGCUGGAGAGAGAGUUCAGCGUACAGAGCCUCACCUCUGUGGUCAACGAGGACUGUUUCUACGAUCCUACGGACACUGGCAGUGCCACUAACAACUCAUAGGGUCGGGAAUAGACACAAGGAGAGGGGCCAAAGCUCUGCCCAGCGCCUGCUCCAUGCCUGUCCCCCUAGAGAGAGAUGAGGUGACUCAGUCCCUGAUAAUUACUGCAAUGAAUCUGCUGAGCACUAAUGUACAACUACGCUCCUGCUCUUCUGUAUAUGCCUCUGCCCAGCUCCCCUUCUCAAUAAUAUGAAUUGGCUUCCUUUACAUAGGUGAGAGUAAUGUAACGAAUAGACUUUGUUCACCUUCCAGUUCAUUCAUGCCAGAGAGAAGGACGGCGAUGAGAGGAUUCCACUUUAGACUAUUGAGACUCACCCUAAGAGCUUCACUUAUACUUUGUAACGCUCUAGAAGUCUGAGAACAUCGAAAUGCACAGGAGAGGAUGGACAUUGAUUUUGUGACUUGCUGUACAUUGUUUGCCUAUUUAAUUAGGCAAGUCAGUUAAUAACAAAUUCUUAUUUUCAAUGAUGGCCCAGGAACAGUGGGUUAACUGCCUUGUUCAGGGGCAGAACGACAGAUUUUUACCUUGUCAGCUCGGGGAUUCGAUCGUGCAACCUUUCGGUUACUAGUCCAAUGCUCUAACCACUAGGCUACCUGCCGCCCUUGCAUUUGUACAUCAAGUGGAUUUUUGUUUUUAAAGCAAUGUUAAUUUAUUGAUAGUUGUAACUUUUUAUUGCUUUGCAAAAUACAUAUGGGGUUGGCUUGAAUUGAAGAAUCUGGUAUGUUUCACCUAAUGAAUGUUUUCCAGUGUAUUGAAUAAGAGUAUGGUUGUCAUCCUCCCCCAGAAGUGUCGCUUACAAUGUACACAGGCAUUGUCAAAGGAAAAGGAUUUAAUUCAAAUGUGUUGUCAACUUGCCCUGUUAGUAGCUCCCAUACCUGAGUAGCUGGACUAUAACUUCAUUUGAAUCUUUGAUAUUAUUACACAUACUGACAUUAUACAGGUAGAAACGGCUGUAACUUGCAAUAAAUACUCUGGUCCCAGUGUUUCAGGGAUAUUUUGCUGUCGAGACAUCCUAUUAUCUGACACCACCACCUACCCUCCCUCUCGGUUUGCCCUCAACUCAACACGUACCCUCCCUCUCGGUUUGCCCUCAACUCAACACGUACCCUCCCUCUCGGUUUGCCCUCAACUCAACACGUACCCUCCCUCUCGGUUUGCCCUCAACUCAACACGUACCCUCCCUCUCGGUUUGCCCUCAACUCAACACGUACCCUCCCUCUCGGUUUGCCCUCAACUCAACACGUACCCUCCCUCUCGGUUUGCCCUCAACUCAACACGUACCCUCCCUCUCGGUUUGCCCUCAACUCAACACGUACCCUCCCUCUCGGUUUG